CAAGAGAGGUGCUCACUCCACAGGUGACGGAGGGCGUGGGAGACAGGCUGGGGAAAACAGUUAAAUUUUUUGUAGAAAGCAAUAUACAAAGGGCAUGAUGGCUGGUUUGUUGGAGACACCAGACCUUUCAUACACUGACCAUCAAGAAUACUUGUGGUGCGCAGAACUAAGCAAAGACAAGCCUCAGGCAAUGUGGAACUUUAAAGAAGAAGAUGAGGACAGGGACUUUCUGUCACAUGUUUUAUAUCUUAAAUCAGCAGUGUUAAGUACAUCUGCUGAAACAGGAGAAGAUAAUGUGAUUGAAGUGGAGACAACAGAUUACAGUGGUUCUGUACUCAAAGUCCCCAUUGCCUUCUUGAACAAGGGUCAAAAAAACAUGUGUCAUGUGGACCACAGUUUUGAUCAGAACACCCCAGCAACAUUCCGCCUAAUAGCUGGCACAGGCCCAGUAUUUCUAACGGCUCAACACCAGGUGGAGUUCCCACAGGAUGAGGAAGAAGAGGAUAGUGAUGAAUAUGGUGAACAUGACACUCAGUCAGAGGAGGAAGUGACACAAGAGGAGAAUGAAGAUGUGGGCGGAAAGUUGUCAAAAGCGCGCAAAAGGAAGGCCACUACACCAGCAACUGGAAAGGAGAAGCGUGGAAAAAUAGAUCCAAAGGCAGAAGAAAAAGACGAAAGUAUGGAAGCCAGCACAAAUGGAACUGAGAGCGAUGAAGAAGACGAAGAAUUGGAAGAGGAAGAAGAAAGCGAGGAGGAGGAAGAAGAGGAAGAGAGUCCAGAAAAGAGCAAAAAAUCAAAGAAGAAGAAGGGAGCAGCCAAUGGUAAAACUACAUCUAAGAAAGCUGCACCAGCUAAGGCAAAGCCUACAUCUGCCAAGAAAGCAAGCAAAGGAAAGAAAGUAAAAUGAAGUAAAAGAGAGCAGACAGUUGAAUUGACCCAUGGACUUUUAUCUUUGUUCAAAAUCUCAUUUGUCAGAAGUUGCUGACUAAGUAUAAUCAGUUUUGCAGUUCGAUGGUGCUAUGAAAUAAUGUCUCCAAAAUCACCAAAUCUGAUUCGUUUUUUCCGUUUUGUUUAGGCAGUAAUUUUCUCAACUUUGUGGGGUUUUGCAUUAUAAUAUAACAGUUAAAAAUGUUUAUCAGUUAUUUUUUCUUUAAAAAAAAAGAAACGCGUUGGUUUAUUUGAAAGUUCUUUUUAAAAAUAAGUAAUCGUGAACAUAAUUUCGAUGAGUCUUGGAUAUCUCCUGGUAUGAAUAUGAUUUUUUGUUCAGUUUGAUAGUGAAACUGAUCUGUUAGAUUGGCAAUAAUUUAUCCAAGUACAAGGCACAGUUAUUGAAUUAUGGCAGCUAAAGUUUAAUCAAAGUUCAACCGAAAUUGUGCGCUAUACAGAAUUAACCAAUAAAAUACUUUGAA